AUGAAGGGAGAGAAAAUACCAUCUCUUCUCAUCUAUUUAUUCCACAUAGGUGCUACAUUUUGGGAACAGGAAACAGUAACAGGGCUGUUUUCCAAGGACUGCAUCCUCCCUUGUUCUUUCCCACCUGGAGAUGAUGAAGUAAUUUACUGGAAGAAAGGGGACAAAAGUGUGCACAGCUACUACUACCAGAGUGAUCAGCUGAAAAGACAAGACCCAGAUUAUAGACACAGAACACACCUUUUCCAUGAGAACAUUCCUAGUGGAAACGCCUCCUUGAAACUUAGUAACUUGACCUUGACUGAUGAGGGCCCUUAUAGUUGCUAUGUGGGAACACAGCAAAAUAAAACAGAAGUGGAAGUCACACUGCGUGUAAGAGUUUCCUCUCAUUUUGCACUGGAAUAUCAUAAAACAGACACAAAAAGGAUGCUGAAGUGCUAUGCCUUUCUCACUUACCCAGCACCACAUAUAUCUUGGGUACAAGGCAAUACGUCUAUCCAAGAAACAGAGCAGGAGGAAGCCAGGGUUGGAGUUCUCUAUUCUCUUAGAAGUGACCAGAACAUUAUAAACACAACUGAUCCUUAUUACUGUAAUAUUCGUCUCCCUCAUGAAGAGUGGACUGCUGAAUGGAAAAUGCAAGACCGGCUGUCUAACGUGGAAGGAAGUAGCACUGCAAUUCCUUGUGAAUUCAGCAAUUACACUGCAAACACUGAGGGUUUCAGUGUUGUCUGGACUUUACACGGAAAUGCAGUGAUCUCAGACCUGGCCUCCUUCAAUGGUACAUCUCACUCUUACCAACCUCGAGUCCAGAUUAACCAAAAUGACUUUUCACUGAUGAUUCGUGAUCUUACUGCGAGCGACAGUGGAGAAUAUCUGUGUAAUAUUUCAACACCUCACUACACAAAACUUACUGUGAGAACUUUGCAAGUUGAAAAUUCAGGUAACACUGGGAAAAUUGUGCUAGGAGUGAUCGUUGCACUGGUGACGGUAGGAGUCUGUCUCUGCAUCUUGUUCAAGGAGACAUUUUACAAUGGUUAG